CAAACAUUUUUGUUUUUAAUAUUUUGAUAAUUUGAUUUAAAAUAAUUUGAUAAUUUGAUUGAAUUUUUUUACAGGUUUAUAUUUUAUUAAAUAAUGACUUACCCUGAUAGAAAUAGAACAAAGAAAUUAGAUUUUGUAGACACUCAAAAGCUUUCUUCUACGUUUGUUCUUUUAUGGUACAAGGAUUGUGAAAAAGAUGAGCGGCAUACCUCUCCCAUAUCACUUUCAAAUACACUUUUUAAGCAUUAUUCAUCCGUUGAAUGCCUUGAAUUUCAAGUGAAAAAUGUAGUGCAUGUUUCUAUUGCAAAUAUACAACACGCAGCUGUCAUCAUCUAUAAGGGGUCUAUUACCCAAUGCUGUAAAUUUGAAACAUUGCUAGAUAACUUCAUGGACGAUUUUGGUGAUGAAAAUCCUAGCACUGAUGAAGUAAGCAAGUUUGCCCUCAAUUAUAUUGAAGGCAAUACUGACGGAAAAAGAAAACAUUCUGAUGGAGACCAAUCCUCAGUGGUGAACUGGACCAUGGUGCCGGAGUGCAAUAGCACCCUGGGUCAAAAAAAAGGAGGUUACCUUUGUUACCAGACAGAGUUUAGUUAUUAUGUCUGCUACACAAGUAAUAAUUAAUUAAACAUUUUUGCUAAAUAAUAAAAAAUGACACAAAAUUCACACAAAAAUUAUCAACACAAGUUAAAGUUGCACUAUCCGAUGGUAGGUGGGGAUCUAUUGGAUCCACUAGUAGCCUAGCCCCUAGUACACCCAUGAUUAUAUGUUUGUAACCACAACUUGUUCAUGUUUUUUUUAUAGAUUCAGAGAAUAUUGCACCGGUCUCAGAACAUACAGGCCUAAACGGACCUAAAUAUAAAUCGACUCCUAAAUCAAAGGUGCU